AUGUUUCCAGCAACCGAAUACGAACGAAGGUUUCUUGUACAACAUAAUCCAGGAACAUCACCUGUAAAGGGAAAUUCGCCGCAUUUAACUCCUCCAAAAUAUCGUCCUGAUGGUGGUGAUCGAUACAUACCGCUUCGACAAAAUAGUGCUGAAUGGGCGAUGAGAUUCGCAUCUAUUGCAACUUCGUCGCCGGAUGCUCCCAAUCAGUUCAAAAGACCUACACCGGGUCGACCUUUACCUAGCAGUAAUUAUGCGGUAAAUUUAAAUUCAUCUACAAAUGGCGUUGCUGCUACAACCAAUGACGAUUCUCGUGUAGACACUGCUGCCCACCGUGCUUUGCUUCGAAACGAAUUGCUCAAUGAUACUAUUAGCGACAUUAGACAGCUGCAAUCUGAUUUCGAUGGUACAGAGAUUGGACGACCUAAAGAUAGUCCGGUUACUACUGGGUUAUUUAGAUUUGGAGUUAGAACACCUACGAAACACGGGAAUCCUUCCACAAGUCGAGCAGCUCGAUCUAUCUUUUGUGGACCAUUGAGCGAAGAUAGUCAGCGUUUGCUUAAAUCCCCUCGUAAGCCGCAGAGGAAAGUUCCGAAAAACCCAUAUAAGGUUUUGGAUGCGCCUGAAUUGCAAGACGAUUUUUAUUUAAAUCUUGUGGAUUGGUCAUCCCAAAAUAUGUUAUCUGUUGGUCUCAGUACUUGUGUUUAUCUAUGGAGUGCAUGCAACAGUCAAGUAAUAAAACUGUGUGAUCUGGCAACAGACAGUGAUAGUGUAACAUCAGUGCAGUGGGCUGAUAAAGGGGAUUUAUUGGCAGUUGGGACAAAUAAAGGAAUCACUCAAAUAUGGGACGUUCAGUCACAGAAAAGAUUGCAUGUUUUGCCGGGUCAUACUUCACGAGUUGGGUGUUUAGCAUGGAACGCUGAUUUGGUUUGCUCUGGUUCAAGAGACAGAUUUAUUAUUCAAAGAGAUUUAAGACAGCUUUCACAAGGUGCGGAAAGAAGACUUAAUGCUCAUCGACAGGAGGUAUGUGGAUUGAAAUGGUCACCAGAUAGGCAAUACCUCGCUUCAGGUGGUAACGAUAAUCAACUUUUAGUGUGGAGCUUGAGGCGAAAUGAUCCUUUUCAGAUUUACACAGAACAUAAUGCAGCAGUAAAAGCUCUGGCUUGGUCACCGCAUCACCAUGGACUUUUAGUUUCUGGUGGCGGGACUGCAGAUCGUUGUCUGCGAUUCUGGAAUACAUUAACUGGGCAACCAUUGCAGUGCAUUGAUACUGGCAGCCAAGUUUGUAAUGUUGCUUGGUCCAAACACAGUUCAGAAUUAGUUUCUACUCAUGGAUAUUCAUUUAAUCAAGUAAUUAUAUGGAAAUAUCCAUCACUUCAGCCAGUAAUCAAACUUACUGGACAUCAAUACAGAGUUUUAUACCUGGCCAUGUCACCUGAUGGUGAGUCAAUAGUCACUGGAGCUGGUGAUGAGACGUUACGUUUUUGGCAUGUAUUUAGCAAAUCCGAUCAACAAAAGACGGUUCGAUCGAAAUUAAAUCUGCAGUCGAGUAUUCGAUGA